GAUUUCGUCCGAGACACAAAGCAACGAUACAUAACAGCGCGCGAAGCUGUAUCCACCAGUCUUGCGGGCUUGGCUGAUUCGGUUGCGACCAGAUGGCGCCGAUUGACGGUGGCAUCGUUCCAUGAACGGCUGGGAAAGUGUUGUUGCUCGGCAAAUCUUGUGGAUGGAUGCGAGUGGCAGCCUUUCAAGCUGGGCGGUCCGAUUGUUGAUUAUGAGUGCAAGAUCGGUUUCAUGGACUACAUGGAUGCGAUCACCGCCCAGACUAUGGAAGGAGCCUCCAGCAAUACAUCAGAAGUGGACAACAUUCUGGACCAAUGUGCUGCCUCAAAAGGCUGGCAGUACCAAUCCUGGGAAUGGUCCCCACCUGCUGGCAAUAUCAGCAUACCCGCUGAGGUAGUUGCUGUGCCACCAGUUCCUGUCGUUGCCCUGCAUCAUUUGGAGACAUCCGUUGUGGUGCCGGAUGUCGUCAAGCCAACUGACAACCUCAUCGUCGCAGUGCCGGUAGACAACAGCGAGUCGCACCAGCCGGCAAAACAAGAAGUCAGUGGUGGUGCCCCUCGCGAAGCUCUCCAGCCAAACGAAACUGCUCUGGAUCUCGAUGUGGAGACGGUCAGCAGUGGUAUCAAGGACAUUGUUGGGCUGCCAGAUUUACAGCCAGCAGAUCAGGCACCCAAAGUCGCAGAGAGCCAGGAGAAACAAGCUGAGGGUAUGGAUGAAUUGGAUCGAGCUGCUGAAGAAUUGGCUGCAGCCGAGCGGGCUGUCUCUUUGCUGCCAAGCUCUGGCCAGACUGCUCCGGCCGAUGCCAGCGCUCAACAGCUUGUUCAGUCUGACCCCGCUGCUGCUGUGGAAGUCAACGCGAGUGUCGUUCCGAAUGUUGUGCCCGGCGGUUGGACAAAGGCACAGCAAGGUCCACAGGACAGCGAUCGGGGAGCAGGCAAAUCAAGCUUGCAAAAACGCCAGAUUAUGCGGGCGUCUGGCGAUGCUGGACAUGCUCUGGAGGAUGAGCACAGAAGGCUGUCACAAAAGAAUGCCGGCCGGAGACAUGCGCGGGACGACGAGCUGUUUCGCGAGUCGGUUCGCAAGCUCAAUGCUCUGCAACAAGGGGGAUGA